AUGACAUAUAUGCACAAGGCCAAAAGGCAAAAGAAACUAGUAAAGUCAUCACAAGAAGGCUCGAAUGAUGAAGUCCUCCGUGUUGAUAUAGAAGCCUUACGUAAGCAUGCUGAAGCUGUAGAUUCUGCAAAAGACAAAGAUAAAAAUGCCACUCCAGAGGCUUCUUCAAAUCGAAAUCUACCGGAAAAGUUUACUGAGAUAGAGGUGAAAGUUGAGAGAAUAUCAUCAACAGGGAACGGCAUUGGCUUCUCAAACACGAAAGACCAUGUCUACGUCGUGCCCUUUACCGUACCUGGCGAUCACGUCAAAGCCAAGGUCGUUCACAAUUUUGCAGAUGAAAAAUACUCAUUGACCGAUUUUGUCGAAAUAACGACGCCUGGUCACCAGCGGAACGACUCACUAAUUCGAUGCAAAUACUUCGCGAGAUGCGGUGGCUGCCAGCUUCAAAUGCUGCCCUACGACGUCCAACUACAACACAAGAAGUCCAUCAUUGAAAAAGCCUACCGCAAUUUCUCAUCAUUAAUCCCCGAGGCUGUUCCUGCAGUAGAAAACACAAUUGGCUCACCAAUGCAAUAUGGGUACCGCACGAAAUUGACACCCCACUUUGAUGGACCACCCGGCAGCUUAUCACGUCGAGCAAAACUCAAUGGCGAGGGUAGAAAGUUCGAAACAGUGCCUCCGAUAGGUUUCAUGAUAAAAGGCACGCGGAAGACGAUCGACAUCGAAGAUUGUCCAAUCGGCACAGACUCAGUACGAAAUGGCAUGGUUAGCGAAAGAAAGCGAGUUACUGAGGAGAUUGGCAAAUACAGCAAAGGCGCUACGCUGUUAUUGAGAGAAAGUACCUCAAGAACGCCAAACGACGAACCAAGAACAAGUUCUCAAAUCAAGAAUAAAGACAGUCCAAAAUCCGACAAGGAAAGCCAGACCUCAUCAUUCACCGAACUCAAAAGCUGCAUCACAGACUCAAACGCCACAGCCACCGAAUACAUCGACUCCUACAUCUUCCAAAACACCGCUGGCGCCUUCUUCCAAAACAACAACUCCAUCCUUCCAAAAUUCACGUCCUACAUCCGCGACCGCAUCCUCCCUGCACCCCCUUCCCGGCCCUCGUCUCCAGCCCCUUCCCUUCCCCAUUCCCCUUCCCAACCAACCACCCCCCCACGCACCCCACAGAUCAAAUACCUCCUAGACGCCUACUGCGGCUCCGGUCUCUUCACGAUAACUCUCUCCACGCUCUUCAAAUCCUCCCUAGGCAUCGACAUCUCCUCCCCCUCCAUCGCCUCCGCCGCCAAAAACGCUUCCCUCAACAACGUGAAAAACUGCACUUUCAGGACCGCAGACGCAGCGGAUAUCUUCGCUGGGGUCGACUUCCCAGCGGAUGAGACGGCCGUGGUAAUUGAUCCGCCACGAAAAGGGUGUGAUGCGAAUUUCCUGGGGCAGUUGCUCAGGUUCGGGCCGAGGAGGGUGGUGUAUGUGAGCUGUAAUGUGCAUACGCAGGCGAGGGAUGUGGGGGUUUUGGUUGAAGGGAGGAAAGAAGGAAGGAAGGGUAAUGGGAAGGCAAGUGAGGACGAGGGUGAGGAGGGCGGAAGGGGGGAUGUUGGGGAUGUGGGAGGUGGGGAAGGUGGAAAGGGCGUCAAGUAUGAGAUCGAAAGCCUGCAGGGUUUUGAUUUCUUUCCGCAGACGGGGCAUGUGGAGAGCGUUGCCAUCUUGAGGAGGGUGUGA